AUGGCCGCGCUGCAGCAGCCUCUGCUGCGGGCGGCCGCGGCCAGCGCCGCCGGGGGCCUCGAUGCCGACGUGCUCGUCUCGGGCGCGGGGCCGGUGGGGCUUCUGAUGGCGAUCGAGCUGAAGCAGCGCGGCGUGCGCGUGCGGAUCAUCGACCGCCUGGCGCAGCAGGACAAGAAGACGAAGGCGAUCGGCGUGCAGAAGAGCAGCUUCAGGGUGCUGCCGACCGCGGUGCUGAGGCGGAUCCAGGCGGAGUCCUGCCAGGUGAAGGGCUUCCGCCUCCACGAGGUCGUGGGGAGCCAGCGGACGGAGCUCGUGCAUCUGAGAGGGGCAAACGUGCCCGCCAGGAACGAGUACAACCAAAUGGAGUGCAUCGAGCAGUGGAAGUCCGAGAGGUUCUUGGAGGACCACCUGAAAGGACUGGGCGUGGCCGUCGAGCGUGGCACAGAGCUGGUCAACUUCGAGCAGAAGUGGGACCACGUCGACUGCGACUUGGGAGUGUCUGGCGCGACCAAGAAGCUGAAGGUCGGGUUCCUGGUUGGGUGCGACGGUGGGUCGAGCUUCGUCCGGAAGAAGCUGGGCUACGAGUUCAAGGGUUCUGUUGCAAAGGAGUCCUUCGUAUCCGCGCACUGUUAUGCAAGAGGCAGGUCGGCUCCGCGGGCUACGCGGACAUCUUCCUCGGCAAGAACGCGCCCGGGGCCGACCCGCUCGCCGCGGGAAUGUGCGUGUCGCUACCCCUGCACGACGGCGAGCACCUCAUCAACCUCGACCUCGACGAGAGCCAGCAGGAGAGGUACGUCACCGACGAGGUGGACUCCCACGGCUGCCGCAAGCUCAGGCAGCUCACGCGCGAGGACAUCGUGCACAUGUUCCGCGCCAGGUCCGCGUGCCCCGAGCUGA